UAGUAAUAGAAAAGACACUGUUUUUUCCAUUGAAAUAAGAAAAGAAAAAAACCCAUAGAGCGGGAAUUCUUCUCAUAUGAACGAGAACAAACCCUAAUUUGGGUUCUACAUCUCACUAAAUCGUUGCUUACUGUACCCACUUCCUCUCUGAGAUCAAACAGUUUGGACAACAUGGUUCCACCAAUUGAUACUCAAGAAAACACUUCAUCAAUUGAUUCUCCAGAAAAAGUUUCAUCAUCAACUCUGAUUCCAGAAAAAACAACAAAUGCCCACAAAUCUAUAUUUCCCCAUCAACCUCUAAACGAAAGGAUACUUUCAUCACUGUCUAGGAAAUCUGUUGCUGCUCAUCCCUGGCAUGAUCUUGAAAUAGGACCUGGUGCUCCCAUGAUUUUCAACUGUGUGGUAGAAAUUAGUAGGGGCAGCAAGGUGAAAUAUGAACUUGACAAAAAAACUGGAAUGAUUAAGGUUGAUCGUAUAUUAUACUCAUCUGUUGUUUACCCACAUAAUUACGGUUUCAUACCUCGUACCCUUUGUGAGGAUAAUGAUCCCAUGGAUGUGUUGGUGAUUAUGCAGGAACCGGUUCUUCCUGGUUGCUUUGUCAGGGCCAAAGCUAUAGGACUCAUGCCAAUGAUUGAUCAGGGUGAAAAAGAUGAUAAAAUAAUUGCUGUUUGUGCUGAUGAUCCUGAAUAUCGUCACUACAGUGAUAUCAAAGACCUGCCUCCACAUAGGUUGGCUGAGAUUCGUCGCUUCUUUGAGGAGUACAAGAAAAAUGAGAACAAGGAAGUAGCUGUUGAUGACUUUCUGCCUGCAUCGAAGGCGUUUGAAGCAAUUCAGUACUCCAUGGAUCUGUAUGCUGACUACAUUGUGGAGAGCUUGAGGCGCUAAUCAGACUGAAAGAAAGAAAGAAAGAAAGAAAGACAGACAGACAAACAUGUCUUUGAUGUUGAUGGAUUCUUCUUCUUAUCCAUUGUUAUGUUAUAAGCAUUUUUCUGUAUGGAUGGAAUUGGUCACUACUCUUGGCCACUAGCUUUUAUUAUGAUGAUACAUAUAUUGGCAACUGUUGGUUUACCAAAUUCUAUAGUGUGAUGAUUUGCAUAUUUUGAGUGAUUUUCAAAGUGCUCAAAUCUUAUUUUAAUUUUGUUUUUCAGUGUUAGAAGCUAACAUGACUUACGUAACAUUAUUUCUACUUUAUCUUAAAAUAUUCUAAGUGAGAAUGCUAUGUUUGGUCUUU